AUGCCGAGUGAUCUGGUGCAGCAGCUGCCAUAUGCUGAACCUCUAUUUUUUCACACCUGUUUCGCCAUCAAAUUACCUGCAACAGUCUCUUCCGUUUACUCACAAAAGACCACCCCAGGUUAUUUGACCGUGAAAUUUGGUGAAGUCCGGGACCAUAAGAUUCAAGCUUACUCUGACAUUGAUGGAAGAUGGACCGGUCAAGGUGAACGAUGCAUAUACGAUUUUGAAGUGCACGCUGGCCUUGCCCUUCACCUUCUCUCCGCAGAAGAUGCAGGGCAGUAUACAGAAGAAAGUGAGAUGGCCCUAUGGGGUCAAGCAGUUCUUGCAUCUCGCUCAUCAGACUUCAGUACCAUAUCUGUUCCUGCCGGAGACAUACAGAUUGUACGAAAUCAAUUUGUCAAGCAGGGUGAUUAA